UUUUUAAGAGGGACAUUUUUUGAUAACAUCCCUCUGAUGCCUAAAGUCGAGUCAACCCUAAUCCAAAAUUUUCACGUUCUCCCUCCAAACUCGCUGCCCGAAACUUCAUCUCCCUCUCAAACUCUAGCCCCAAUUACUUCCAGCUCCCUCUCAAUUUUUUCACUCCCUCUCAAACUGUCACCCUAAAACUUCAUCUCCUGAAAAAUUCUCUCCUCGCCCUCUCAUUUUUUUCAGUCCCUCUGAAACUCUCUCUUUCUUCUCUCUCCUCCGUCACUGCCCCAUUCCUGCUAAAACUAUCAGAUGCUCAACUCUUACGAUUCACAGCGAGAUCCUCCAAUCGGUGUUGUCCGGAACGACGGUGUCGUACGAGCAAGCGUUGAAACUUGGGGAGUGCCGGAGAGAGGCAGCGAUCCGACGCGAGGCCUUGGAGCGGACGACGGAGGGUACCUUGGUGGCCAGCAUCAAUAGGCGCCAUGACCAGAGCUCCAAUUGUUAGGUUUGGCUCUGCCGUUAGGGCUGCACAGCUCAUGUUAUUCGUCGAGGACCCUCUCAACUUCAAUACUCUUGCUGCCAUUUUCAACAGGUUUCUCUGUUUGAUUUUAAUUUCUUAGAAGAAACCCUAGAUUUUCAAGCCAAAACCUUUUUAUUGUAGCAUGGAUUGUAAUUUUAUAUAAUUGAGGAACAAAAAGAGGACCUAUCAACCAAUUUAAUGAAGAUUUUGUCACAACUGUAUGCUGUUGAUGGGCAUUUGUUUAUUUGUUUUGAAUUAUUCUGUUUUUUCUUCUUAUUCUUCUGUUGUUUACUCAAUCUGCGUAGUUUCAUGUAAAAUAUUGAUAAGUUGUAUAUGUGAUAAAUGGGAGGCUCACUGCUUAGGUCUAGUAGAUUUGCAAACCUUCUAAAGAUUCAAUGCCAAAUAGCAGGCAUGAAUCUAUGCAUCAGGUUUGCUUGCAGCACUGGAGAUGCCAUGGCAUAUAAAAAGAAAGUCAAAAAGAUGCAGUUGGAGAUGUUUGGUUCAGCUUGAAGGAACAAAAACUUCUAUGAACUUGGAUGUGCUUUGCUUGUUUUCACAAGGAACAUGGAGUGACUACAAGAGUGAUGCCAGUCGUCUUCCCCAAUUGGUCCCUGAUCAAGUCCUAAAGCUGAAACAGCUCACUGUUCUUACACUAGCUGAGACAAACAAGGUCCAGUUUGCUGCAGGGAGAGACCCCAGACCUGGACAACUUGGGAGUAUGAUACACACACUGUCAAACUGGUAACAUCUCUGAUAUUGAUGGCAUUGGUGUAGUUUCUCUACCUCUCUUGGCAUGUGCAUUAUGAUCUCAAAACAUUAAUGUUUUUCCCUGA